CCAUAGCGCUACUAGUAUUCACACAAUACAUCAGUGGUGGCGCAAGAGUGCCAUUCAACUAAUCAACUGUCGCCCUUCCCAAAAGCACCAGCAUGCGGGGAUCAACAAAGAAUGAGACCACCAAGGAAUCUGAAAAUAGCAACGAUGAGGUAGACCUUCUGAACAUAGUGGAGAUGCGGAUAAGAGGUGAUGCAUCAGACUUUGAGAUUAAAGAGCAAACGGUCCAUCGGCCAGGAAAUUCCAUGCAAGCUUGCCGUGUACCGCCACCACGGCCACCACAACACUCUCAAGCAGCUUCUAUCCCACCUCCUCCUUCCGUCCACUCCACUGAUUCCAAGGAUAGCUUCGACAUCUUUAGUCUCGUGGCCGCAAGGGCCGCCCAACCAUCCUUGCCUGAUGCCGACAAUCUUUGCGAUCAGGGUCAAAAUACACUGGAGCUCGCUGGAAUAAAAGAUACAAGAGCAGUUGUAGGGGAAAACUCAUCCACAACACUGCUUUUGUUACAAUCUGACUUCACCUUUAGACCUACUUCUACUGCAUCCAACGGAUCAACAACAAGUCGCCAAGGAUCAUUUGCUACUGGUGUGCCUGAUAACAUCACUAGCACCGAGCCAUUGCCAACAUUAACCGCACCAUCAUUGUCUCGAGCAAGAAGGGUCUCAGCCGUCUCAGUAUCGGAACCUGGGGCCCACGCUGUGGAUGGGAUUACGCUAUUGUUUGAUCGCCCAAGAAGUAGGCCAUCAACUGGAGGGACACCUGACAUGGAAGAGCUGGGAUUGGAAUUGGUGCCUACAUCUCAAAAUGAAACUGAUGGCAAUGGUGGUCUCAUUCAUGCUGACCUAGUUGACGACUCAGAAAUUGGGGAGAUUCCAACUGCAGAGCCAAUGACAACAAGGGCAAAAAGACUAUGGAAGAAGCAACUAUGUCUCGGAUUCUCCCGACAAGCCAUUGUUGCCAUCACCAUUGUUUCAAUCCUCCUUUUGGCAUUUCUUCUUGCUCGAAAAUCAAGCAAUCAAACUCCGUCAGCAAAGCAGCAAAAUGGAGCGAUUCCAAUACCAGAAUAUCCGGGGACAACAGCUUCAAUCACACAAGCACCAACAUCGCUAUGGGAAAGACUAAAUCUACCUGAAUACACCCUCAGGGUUAUGGAGAAUCCUAGGUCUCCACAGACCAAGGCAUAUCAAUGGCUAAGCAACAAUAUCAACAAAUCCAACAAUACACAACAUCUCCCGGUAUGGAGACUAAAGCAAAGGUUUGCACUCGCCACAUUUUAUUAUUCAACACGGGGGGACUACUGGGUAAAAAAUCAAGGCUGGCUGGAUUGGGACACCAAUGAGUGCAGCUGGGAGCAGCUUCAAUGGUUGACAGGAGAGGCAGCUUGUGCUGACAAUGGGAAACUCCUAUCAUUGAGAUUUGGGUAUGCCAACAACUAUGCCAACAACUUGGAUGGAACCAUACCACCAGAAAUAGCUCUGCUUCAUGAUAGCUUGGAAACACUUUCAAUAUUUCAGAACCCUCAGCUCAAAGGAAAUAUACCAAUGGAGGUUGGACUGAUGACAAGGCUGACGCUCUUGUUGUUUAGCACAACGAGCUUGUCUGGCACACUCCCAACAGAACUGGGUCAGCUAGAAAGCUUGGAGGGUCUUUCAAUCUCAGGUAGGGAGCUUGAUGGAACUUUACCUACUCAACUGGGCAACCUAAGGAAACUGACAUCUCUGGGAUUUAGUAGAGCGAACUUUUCUGGAUCCAUCCCCACCGAAGUUCUUCGAUUGUCAAACCUGAAGAGCUUGAGUCUCUUAGAGUGCCCUUUGUUGGAUACAGCAUCUUUUCUCCCUGAGGUAGUUGGAAACCUGCACAGUUUGAACAGUGUAAAUCUAGGCUAUCGAAAAACUGGGGGGUUCACAUCAAUUCCAUCUGAAAUUGGGAAGCUGACCAACUUGGCAAGCCUGAUUUUGAAAGACUUCCAACUUAAUGGCCCCCUGCCAAGUGAGCUUGCAAUGUUGACAAAUUUAAAUUACUUGGACUUGCAAAGGAACUCCAUCACUGGCACUCUACCACAAGAGUUAUCCAAGAUGUCCCAGCUGGAAAUAGUGAACAUUGGUUCCAACCAAUUAGAAGGCAGACCGCUGGAACAAGGCGUUCUCCACCAACUCACUCAGCUACAGGAGUUGCACAUCAAUGACAACCUUUUCUCAGGCUGUAUUGCAACAGAAAUUGGUUCGAUGAGUAGUCUUGAGAAGCUUGAACUGCAAAAUACAAACCUAUCUGGGACCCUUCCCACGGAACUACUUUUGUUGGACAACUUGACCAGCCUGGUAGUCAUGAACACAUCCUUGACAGGCAGUAUCCCUGAUGGAUUAUGUGGUGCCAUACUCUCGCCACAUGAAAGGAAGUAUUUUGGUGGGAAUUCCUAUUCGGUUCCAACAACCAACCUGUCAGCCUGCUAUGGAACUAGUCUGUGUGGCUGUACUUGUGAUCCUUGCCCCAAGUAACUAUAGUAACUGGCUGGUCUGAGAUAUCCUUUCCUGCUAAUAAUAGACUCCUGUGCCUAGCUAG